CUGGCUGACUGUCCGGUCGCUCGGAGCGCUGUCCGGGGGCCGGGGGGAGGGGAGGGGGGCUGCACGGUGCACUGUGCACGGACCCAAGGUCGACGGACGCACGCAUGCGCGGACCCCGGGACCCUACACACACAUACACACAUACUAGAGACGGACGGACUGACACAGAUAUUGUUAGGAGAUGACCGCGACAGCGACCUGCUGGUGGUGGUUAUGGUGACGAUGUGUGCUCCACACCCCCCCGCUCCCCGCCCCGCUAGUAGCCGCUCGCCCUCCGCGGACCGCGCGUCAGUCGGUCGCGGAGCGCGGUCCGUGUCAGUAGUUUCUCUCGCCGCCUGUCAGUGUACAGCCCUCGUGUUCGCGGGAGCCCCGCCGGCUGCGUGUAUUAAUAGCGGUCGUUAUCACGGCGACCUCGAGGACGAGCCGAGACGCCGCGAGGUCGCCGCCACCUGCGCGCCUCUCGCCCCCUCCCCCCGCCCCCUCCUCGUCCUCGUCCUCUCAUCUGUUCAUCGUCAGCUCGGUUCUCUUACAACGACAUACGGAACUUGCGCGACACACGGACACACGCACAGACACGAUCGCCCAACUAUCAGCUGUCACUUGCCAUCCGCCAGACGCCACCUGCUGUCCCGUGUGUCACGUAAUGUUCUCUCAUAUCGGUGUCACCGUCGCCUUUCGUGUGUGUAUGUAUGUGUCUGCGCGUGUCCUGUACUAGACCCAGUGAACUAUCUCUGUAUGGCAGUAGUCGCCGUCGGUCGUGUCACGUACCAGGGCGACAUCGCCGUGUCGGAGGUUCGGAUCGCUCGUGACUGUUUCUCCUCGUCAGCCGAGCCUCACGGUGCGGGGCGCGGGGUGCGGAGGGGCUCCGUAUCGCCGGUGCACGUGUCCCCACUGGCCCGCUCCCCCCGUCCUUCCGUCCGCUCUAAUCAUCCGUCUCUGUCUCUCUCACGGUGCGGUCCGCCGCCCCCUUUCUCUGCCUCGCUCUGUCCCGCCCCUUCCCCGCGCCCCGGCCCACCGGUCGUCUGUGUCGGGCGCUCCGUCUGUUAUUUCUAUAUCAGUCGCUUGCCGUCCGCGCCGCUGUCGGCGAGCUCUCCCCUCCUCCCGGCCCCCCCUGCCCCCGCACUGUGUCACCCGCGCCCCUGGUUCGCCCGACAGGUCCGGCGUCGAGUCCCACGUGCGGAAUCGGUGAUAACGGUCGGAGUAUGA